UGAACACCAGAAACAGAUUGAACCCUAAUAGCCUACCGAGCUGCAUGAAACAAGUUAAAAUGGGUUUGUUCGACAUUCUGACAAACUGGGCCUGUUAUGCUAUGUUUUAUAUUUUCCCUCUGAUUGCAGUUGCGUUCCUUGUAUAUUGUUUGUAUAUCAAACACAUUCACAUGAAAUAUGAUCAUAUCCCUGGCCCACCAAGAGACAGCUUUUUAUUUGGGCAUUCAACAACAGUGUUAGAGGAAACACGAAGUGAUAGAAAUCUCCACGACAAAUUUAUACAGUGGGCUGAAAUGUAUGGGCCAGUAGUUAGGAUUAAUACUCUUCACGUCGUUUUUAUACUUGUGACAUGUCCAGAGACUACUAAGAAGAUCUUGAUGUCUCCCAAAUACCCUAAAGCUAAAAUUGUAUUCAAACAACUCCAUGGACUUUUUGGAAAAAGGUUUCUGGGAAGUGGCUUGCUUACAGCUACCAACCACGAGCAGUGGUAUAAACAACGACGGAUUAUGGACCCUGCCUUCAGCAGUCUGUACCUCAGGGGCCUGAUGGGGAACUUCAACGAGGGGGCAGAAAACCUUAUGGAUGAACUCACAAAGUUAGAAGACAGCAAAAAAGAAGCAAAGAUGCUCGAGUUGGUCCGCCGUGUGACCUUAGAAGUCCUCACCAAGGUGGCCUUUGGAAGGGAUUUGGACCUAAACAAAAACAAGGACUCACCUUUCCCUAGAGCCAUUGAGGCAUGUCUGAAAGGCAUGGUCCCAAACCUCCGCGACAUUUUAUUUCAGCUAAUGCCGAAGAACCGACCGUUCGUCAAGGAGGUGAGGGAGGCGUGCCAGCUUCUGCGGACCACAGGGGAAGCCUGGAUCUCCAAACGGAGAACUGACGUCCAAAAUGGUGAAGAUGUACCCAAAGACAUCCUCACUCAGAUCAUCAAAUCAGCUGGACAAGAAGAGAAAAUUACCAAAGAAGAUGAGGAUGUUAUGUUGGACAAUUUUGUGACGAUCUUCAUCGCGGGACAGGAUACUACAGCCAGUCAGCUUGCAUUCUGCAUCAUGGAACUCGGAAGAAACCCUGACGUCAUGCAAAAAGCGCAGAAAGAGGUGGAUGCUGUUCUUGGAAUGAAGCAGGAGAUUAGCUAUGAUGAUUUGGGAGAGCUGACCUACCUCUCACAGGUACUGAAGGAGACCCUUAGGUUGUAUCCCUCUGCUCCUGGAACUUCUCGUGAGAUACCAGAGGACAUGACCAUCAGUGGUAUUCACAUACCUGCAGGAGUUGUGGGCAGGUUUGACUCUUAUGUCUGUGGGAGGAUGGAAACAUUCUUCAAGGACCCACUGACGUUUGAUCCGGACCGGUUUCAUCCAGACACUCCCAAGCCUUACUACUGUUACUACCCCUUCGGUCUCGGACCACGCUCCUGUCUGGGACAGAAGUUUGCACAGAUGGAGGCUAAGGUGGUGAUGGCCAAGCUGCUUCAGAGGUUUGAGUUCAGCCUGGUACCAGGACAGUCCUUUGGCAUCCUGGACACUGCAACCCUGAGGCCCAAGAGCGGGGUUGUUUGCAACAUUAAACACAGGAAUCCCAAUAUUUUGCAAUGAACGAUCCUUCAGGUGACCUCUCUCUCUUGUGGCAUGUGUAUUGCGGAGCGACUGAAACCUACCUGUUGCAUCCUUGAGAAAGAUACCUCAAUCAAAUUCAUCAUUGUUCAAUCAAAAAUUGAGGAUGAAUCUAUUUGCAGUCAGACAUAGUCAAAUUAAAGGUAAUUCCUGCAAACAAAUUAUGUUACUAUUAAUUAUGAAUGUAGAGUAUCAACAAUUAUUUCAGAAAUAUAUGGGUCAUUAUGGGUGAACUCCAUGAACAUAUCUCUCUCAUAUAAUAAGGCCCAAUUAGGCCAUAUAAUUUCGCUACAGAUUUUCCGCCAGUACAAAACAUAGACCCAUAGGGUGCGGUAUAGCCCAGCUCAGUUACGGCCAGCGUUUCCACCACUGACAGUAACCUAAUGCUUGGGCUCGCCCACCAAGCAGUGGGCGAGCUCGACUAAUACUAUAAAAAUGUAUUUAUAACUAUUGAUAAAAAAUAUAUAUACAACACAAAUACGGUUUCCUCUCAUAAACAUGUCUUAGGAUGUAUAUUUAUUCUUUCACAGGGCUGAAAUGUAUAGGCCAGUUGUUAGGAUAAAUGUCUGUCCAGAGGCUACAAAGGUAAAAUAUUAAGUUAUUCCAGUACAUCCACAAGUCAGCAGUUGAACAAGAAGGAAUUGCUCAAUAAAGAGUGCAAAGGUCAAAAUAUUUGCCCUUUAUUAUUUAAUAAUUGUAUUUCCAGGAAAUCUUGAUGUCCCCCAAGUAGCCUACUUUGUGACUUCAUGAAUUGUCUCGUAAUAAAUAUUGUGGCACCAAUUUAAAUCAUAUUAGGCCUACUUCCCACAUCCACCAGACAUAUCAUUUUAAAGAAUAAUUUCUGUGCUUGUUUUAUCCCUGAAGAGAAAUGUGAUGGUGAUGUUAUAAUGCUAUAAUGGUUAUGUUAUAUGGUAUAGUAAAUUAAAACUAAAAGUCGAACUAAAUACAAACCUAAA